AUGGGAAAGCUUCUGCAAAAGAACUACAGGACCUGUACGUCCGACUCAAAGAGCCAGAUUAUCGCGAUGGACGAGCAGGAGGCGCGACUUAAUGCCGAGUUGCAGUCUUUCGACAAGAAAAUGCAAGAAAUGGAGGACCAGCGCAACGUAUACAGCGAUCUUGAUCAACUUGCUGCUGAUGUCGAAAACAAUAUUAGGGUGAGACGCCUACGCGCGCUCUACAACGAACAUUUAGUUGCAGCGGCGGCUGACCGAAGGUGA